UUCAAACAUUAACUUUUUUCGUGUGUGUGUGUUUCAUUCGGUGUUUGUGGUGAGGUGUCUAUUUCGCGACCGGCUGGUCCUUUAUUUAAUAUUUUUUUUAUUAAUUUUUAACUAAUAAUAUAUAUCCGAUAUAAUGGCCGUAGCUACAAAAGGAAUCUACAUUCUGGGAGCCAAACGGACAGCCUUCGGCACAUUCGGGGGUGUGUUCCGCAACACUUCAGCUACAGAACUGCAGACGGCGGCAAUAACAGCCUCCCUGAAGGAGGCUGGAGUGUCCCCCGAGCAGGUUGACACAGUCGUCGUGGGGCAGGUCAUGUCGUCAACAGCGACCGAUGGCAUCUACACCCCUCGCCACGCCGCCCUGAAGGCCGGCAUCCCUCAGGAGAAACCAGUGCUGGGCGUCAACCGGCUCUGCGGCUCUGGCUUCCAGUCGGUCGUCAACUGCGCACAGGACAUAAUAACUGGAGCAGCCAAGAUCUCCGUAGCAGGGGGCACAGAAAACAUGAGCCAAGCGCCUUUUGCGGUCCGCGGAGUACGAUUUGGCACAACCCUGGGUACCAACAUUGCCUUCGAAGACACCUUAUGGGCUGGCCUUACUGAUUCUUACUGCGGCUUGCCCAUGGGCAUGACAGCUGAGAAGUUAGGGGGGCAGUUGAGCAUCACCCGCGACGAGUCUGACAAUUUCGCGUUGAGGUCACAACAGAGGUGGAAGGACUCGAACGCGGCGGGCGUGUUCAAAGCGGAGAUCGUGCCGGUGACCCUCACGGUCAAGAGGAAGGAAGUGAAGGUAGAAGUGGACGAGCACCCGCGGCCGCAGACCACAAUAGAAAGCCUCAAGAAACUGCCGCCCGUCUUCAAGAAGGAGGGACUGGUCACCGCCGGCUCGGCUUCAGGUAUCAGUGACGGGGCAGGCGCAAUAGUUCUGGCCAGCGAAGAAGCGGCCAAGAACUACAAGCCCCUGGCGAGGCUGGCGGGCUGGUCGUACGUGGGCGUGGACCCCAGUAUCAUGGGCAUUGGCCCCGUGAACGCCAUCCAGAACCUUCUCAAGGCCACCAACCUUACCCUAAACGAUAUCGACCUUAUUGAGAUCAACGAAGCUUUCUGUGCGCAAACGCUGGCGUGCGCGAAGUCCCUCAAACUGGACCAAGAGAAACUGAACGUGAACGGCGGCGCCACAGCGCUCGGUCACCCGCUCGGUGCGUCCGGGUCCCGCAUCACCGCGCAUUUGGUGCACGAACUCAGACGUCGUGGAUUGAAACGCGGCAUCGGUUCUGCGUGUAUCGGAGGUGGACAAGGCAUCGCCCUCCUUGUCGAAACUGUCUAGAUUUCACACACACACAAACACACACACACGCAGGCGCACAACACACACACACACAUAAGUGUAUCAGAAGCGGGCAAAUUAUCUCUCUCCUUGUCGAAAUUGUCUGGGAAUUGUGAGGAAUACGAGUUCUUUCGAUCUCCUCUUUCAUUGUUCAUUUAAAUUACUUGAUAAUAAUGUCUUGAAAGAAAUUAAAUUACUUUCAAUCUGUUAUUACAUUUGGAUGUUGUGUAUGAUACUUUCCAAGUGCAGUCAGUGAUCAGUGAGCAUCAUCUUAAAGGCAUUGUGUGUUGUCACUACUAGAGGUAUCGAGCGACGUGCCUUGAAAUUGAGUGCAAUGAAAUUUUCGUGGAUUAUUCUCUGAAAAUUCCGAGAGAUUUCUUCGGAAAUUUCAGAGAAUAAGAAUAAUUCUCGUUUUUCAGAGAAUAAUUCAAAAUUUGGGGAAUCACCAUAUGUAAAGGUUUGAAAAUUCUUUAUAUCUUUAUUGCAUGCUCAAAUGGUGUGCCUUAUCGUGUAAGAUAUAGUGUACUGAACACGUAAAAAUAAAUAUCUAAUUCAUAUUGAUAAGCGAAAUUAUAUUUUUAAGUAGAAUUGUUGUUGCAUAUAUUUUGUGUACUAUAUAUUAAAUCAAUAAACUUGUUUAUUUUUUA